GUGUUUCUACCACUGAGACUGCAAUAGGUUUUCUAUAGCGGCGUGGAAGAGAAAACCUAAAUCAAAACCGAGUACAAUUUGUUCAAACCUAAUCACAUCAAGCAGGAGAAUCAGUCAUCAAGCUUAUGGCAUCCAUUAUCAAAAUUGAUUCAAUCUGGAUUGAUUUUUCCCAAUACGAUUUCAAGGAUCCAGACCAAUGUGAACCUUCAAUUAUCAGGGAUAAUGUGUCAGAGAAACAACUUCAACAAGAAUGCCCAUCACAAGAAGACUGUCCAAACAAUGAAAUCGUCUUGAAAAAUGUUUGCAAGAAUCAAAUAUCAAGUGUUUCAUCAGGAAAAAUUACUCCAGGUCCUGAUGAGACAACAGGUCAUCUGAAUGAAGAGGUAGCUCAAAUAAGCACAACAACCAGAGAAACAAGGAGCAGAGGUAGAAAAUUUAAGUCGCGUGUGGAUGAAUCGUGCAAACAUGUUGAAAAGGUAGUUCAAAACAUAAGCACGGCAACGAAAAAAAUAAGGAGCAGAGGUAGAAAAUCUAAGUCAUGUGUGGAUGAAUCGUGCAAACAUGUUGAAAAGGUAGUUCCAAAAGUAAAGGAGGACCCAAAAGCAAAUGUGGCAAGCAUAAAAAAGGCUAACACAGUGGGCGGCAUUGUUAUUUGUGAACCAAAUCAAAGUGAAGCCAAGGGUAUGAAGAAUUUUUUAAUAAAUAAUAAUGAUGAAGAAUCUAACAUUGAUCAUAAAGGAAAAGGGAAUUUGAUUCAAACAAAUGAAUUAGAUUCUUCAUCCUCUUCGGAAGAAGAAGACCUAGCAUUUGCAUCACAUUCUAAACUCUUUCCAUAUGAUACACUACGAUUUGGGGAAGGUGCCUCAAAGUUUUUUCAAGAUGGAACCGAUUUUAGGCGCCAACUCAAUAUUGGGGAAGGCAUCAAAGAAAAUGCUUUGGAAGAUAUCCAGAUCCCUCAAAACCAUGUCCAAGUAAGUACUCCUAAAUUAUAA